UUAAUCUUAGACAGGUCGGAUUAUAACGAGUGGCAAUAAUGCUUCAACAUGUAUCUUCCGGUCGACCCAGUUAUCAAGCAUCACAUUAUAUACACUGUGUAAAUUUUAUACUCUUGCGGAGGAAAGGAGACCAUAGCCAAGGAAAAUAACGCCUUUUCUUCUCAACUUGUCCAUUUCAUGCUUUUCGAUUCUAAAUAAAUCUAUUCUUUGACGGAUUUACUGACAGUGAGAAAGAUGAAGAGAACAAAGAACGUAUUUUGUUGUUGCUUUCGGAGUGAGACCCGGCCCCGACUUGCUCUUUUGCUACUUUUUUCUUUAUACACAUGCCCGAGCAUGAACCAACGUGGGGGGACAAAGUCGUCCAAACGAUCUGGCGACCCGCAGCAAUCGUUCUCGGUGUAGGACUACCCAUUACGUACAUCAUUUAUACACGUGUGAUUGGUAAACGAUUCCCAACGUCCGGGCACAUUCCACCUGAGGCGUUUACUUCGCAACAAUAUAUACGAGGCCGCGUCGUAUCCGUGGGUGACAGCGACAAUUUUCGAUUAUAUCAUACGCCCGGUCUGGGUUGGGGUUGGGCAAGAAGAAUUCCUACUACACGAAAAGAACUGACAAACCAAACAAUUCCAAUUCGACUGGCUGGUGUUGAUGCACCUGAGGGAUCACAUUUUGGCAUGCCUGCGCAACCACUAUCCUCCGAAUCAAAAGAGUUUUUGACAUCCAUGGUAUUAAACCGUAAUGUUAAGGUCCAACUAUUAAGUCGAGACCAGUAUCAACGUGUGGUAGCAAUGGCAUAUGUCCGGAAUCCACCUUUUUAUCGACUAAAGAAUGUUUCUGUGGAAAUGUGCAAGGCAGGAAUGGCUAGUAUAUACACAGCCAAAGGCGCACAGUAUGCGGGUCAGUUUGAAGUACUAAAGCAGACAGAGUCCAGGGCAAAGUAA